UUCAAUGUAGUGAUCUGAUUAUCAACCUUGUGUGGUUUUUCCAUAAGGACAUGGAUUUCUAUUAAAAAACUUAACAAUUUUAAACCUUUUGAACCCCAAGACUGGACAUCUUGCUCAUAAAAUGGCAAUUCUACAGUCUAAUAGACAGAGAAAACUAUAUGCUGGUGACCUCAACCCCCUGUUAACCUGUGGGUUAUGUAGAGGGUACAUGAUAAAGCCAACAUGUAUCACAGAGUGUCUGCAUACGUUUUGUAGGAGUUGCAUUGUAAAGCACUUAUGUCAAAAAGAGAUAAAUGAGUGUCCAACAUGUGAUAUUGUUAUUCAUGAGACCAACCCCUUGGAAAUGCUAAGGGCUGACCAGAUGCUUGAAGAUGUAAUAUAUAAAUUGAUUCCAGGAUUGCAACAAGAUGAAGAACGUCGGGAGCAAGAGUUUAACAAAAAAGUGAAGAAACGAAAGGAAGAAUCAUCAAAUUGUGAAAGAAUGCAAAAUGAUACCCAAGUAAGAACAUCAUUUGCUGGAGACACAAGAUACCAACCAAGAUUAAACUAUAACAAUUAUCAUCGUGAUGAGCCACAAAUCUGUGUUUCUCUUGAAUGCUGUGGUGAUUCAAAUUCCGACGUCCCCGUAAAACAACUUGCAAGACGUUACAUCUGCUGUUCGUCGCAGAUGACAAUAGCACAUGUUAAGAAGUACCUCAAGUUAAAACUGAACCUCAAGGCAGCUGAACAGGUUGAGGUACUGUGUAAUGGAGAAAUCAUGGGAAAGGACCACACACUCGAAUUUAUUUAUAUGACAAGAUGGAGAGUAAGAGAAGGAUCGCUGAUGAGCCUGCAGUACAGACCGCGGACCGAUUUCCUGUAGAGAAGAAAAUAUAUAAACAAAUAGCCUUCAAGGCACACAAUUUUUAUUGUCUAUAUAAAUUGAAAGACGUUCGUAUCGAUAAAUGAAAAGAGAGUAUUGAUAAUGAUAAUGAUAAGGAACGUGUUUUUAGAAAUACAGAGUCGAAAUCAA